GUAAGGCCACCGGUCAGGCUGCCCUGUACUGGAGUACUUUAAUGCGAGCAUAACAACCGUUCCUGUAUCGGCGAAGAACAGAGGUAGGAGGAGAGGACAGAGAGGAGAAGGGAGGCCAGACGCAAAUGGGGCACCGCGCGCGCGUCUCCUCGCUUCUGCUCUGCCUCGCGCUGGCGCUCGUCUCAGUGGACGUGGUGUCGGCGCAGCAAAAGUUCGGCAUCAACUAUGGGCAGAUCGCCAACAACUUGCCGGACCCGACGCAGGUGGCGGGGCUCCUCCAGUCGCUGAACGUGAACAAGGUGAAGCUCUACGACGCGGACCCCAAGGUGCUGACAUCCUUCGCCAACACCGGCGUCGAGUUCAUCAUCUCCGUCGGCAACGAGAACUUGCAGACCAUGGCAAACAACCCCGGCGCCGCCCGCCAGUGGGUGACGCAGCAUGUGCAACCCUUCAUCCCGGCCACGCGCAUCACCUGCAUCAUCGUCGGCAACGAGGUGUUCUCCAGCAACGACAUCGGCAUGAUGGCCAGCCUCCUGCCCGCCAUGCAGGCCGUCCACGGCGCGCUCGGCGACCUGGGCCUCGGCAACCUGGUCACCGUGUCGUCGGCGCACUCGGUGAACUUCCUUGCCACCAGCUACCCGCCGUCGUCGGGUGCGUUCCAGGAGGACCUCGCGGAGUACAUCCAGCCGCUGCUCGACUUCCACGGGCAGACGGGGUCGCCGUUGCUGAUCAACGCAUACCCUUUCUUUGCGUACGAGGCGAGCCCCGGGAGCGUGUCGCUGCCGUACGUGCUGUUUGAGCCCAACCCUGGCGUGCGCGACCCCAACACCAACCUCACCUACGACAACAUGCUCUACGCCCAGAUCGACGCCGUCUACGCGGCCAUGAAGGCCAUGGGGCACACGGAUGUCGGCGUGAGGAUCUCGGAGACCGGGUGGCCGUCCAAGGGGGACGAGGACGAGACCGGAGCCACCGUGCAGAACGCAGCGGCGUACAACGGGAACCUGAUGCAGAGGAUCGCCAUGAACCAGGGGACGCCACUCAAGCCCGAAGUGCCCAUCGACGUGUACGUGUUCGCGCUGUUCAACGAGGACAUGAAGCCCGGGCCGACGUCGGAGCGGAACUACGGGCUGUUCUACCCUAACGGCUCGCGGGUGUACGCGCUCAACGCCGGCUCCGGCGGUGGGUCGGGCCCGGGCGGGUCGUUCAACCCGUACUAUUCGUCCAUGUUCUCCUCCUCGUCCCAAUUGGCGGUAAGAACAACUUGUUUGACUGAACGAGUGCUGCUGCUGCUGCUGUUGCAAGUAAUUGUACUACUCUUACAGUCAUACUGUUAAUUAGCACGAGUAUUCUCUUGCUAUUUAGUGAUACCUUGUAAUCUUGUACACGAAAACAUGCAUAUCAACCAUGGUAGGCCUAGAUUCCAAAAUUUGGCAUGACAGUGAGAUUUUUCAAAAAGCUCGUCUCUUUUCUCUUA